CUCCGCACCCCAUAGGCAGAGGCGACCCUCCCGCCCCACGCCGGCCCCGCGCUCGCCCCGCCUCGGCUCACUUUAAAAGUUUACUCGCGCGGGCGGGGACGCCCGGUGCCCUGAGCCAUGGCCCUGUACGCCGGGAUGCUGCGACUCGCCAGGCUGUGCAGCGGGGGCCUGCGGGGGCCGGGGGCUCGGGCCGUCCUCUCUCCCGGGGGGCAGGAGGCCAGGCGCCAGGGCGUGCGUCUGCUAAGUGCUGUGCAGGAUGACUACCUCACCACGCUGCCCAUCGGGGGCUUCAGCUACGUCCAGGGCCGCACCCGACUGCAACUCCUCAACAAGACGGUGGGGCACUGCCUUGAGGACAUAACUCAGAAGUUCCCGGACCGGGAGGCCCUAGUCAUCCCCCUGGAAAACAUCAGGUUGACCUUUGCCCAGCUCAAGGAGGAGGUAGACAAAGCUGCUUCUGGGCUGCUGAGUCUCGGCCUCCGUCGAGGCGACCGUCUGGGCAUGUGGGGGCCCAACUCCUACGCGUGGGUGCUCAUGCAGCUGGCCACGGCCCACGCGGGCAUCAUCCUGGUGUCUGUGAACCCCGCCUACCAGGCCAUGGAGCUGGAGUACUCCCUCAAGAAGGUGGGCUGCAAGGCCCUGGUGUUCCCGCAGCAGUUCAGGACCCAGCAGUACUACGACAUCCUGAAGCAGAUCUGUCCGGAGCUGGACACCUGCCCGCCGGGGGCCCUGAAGAGUCAGAGGCUCCCGGAUCUGACCACCGUCAUCGUGGUGGACGCGCGGCUGCCGGGCACGCUGCUGCUGGAGGACGUGGUGGCCGCCGGCUCCUCGGAGACGCAGAUGGCUCACCUCCGCUACACACAGAAGUUCCUGUCCUGCCACGACCCCAUCAACAUCCUGUUCACCUCGGGGACCACAGGCAACCCCAAGGGCGCCACCCUGUCGCACUUCAACAUCGUCAACAACUCCAACAUGAUCGGGGAGCGCAUGAAGCUGCAGCACAAGAGCCCCGAGCAGCUGCGGGCCGUGCUACCCAGCCCCCUGUACCACUGCCUGGGCUCCGUGGGCGGCACCAUGGUGAGUCUCAUGUACGGCGUCACCCUCAUCCUCUCCUCCCCCACCUUUGACGGCAAGAAGGCGCUGGAGGCCAUCAGCAAGGAGAGAGGCGCCUACCUCUAUGGCACCCCAACCAUGUACGUGGACAUUCUGAACCAGCCCGACUUCUCCAGUUACAACAUCUCAUCCAUGUGUGGAGGUGUGAUUGGGGGGUCCUCAGCACCCCCAGAGCUGAUCCGAAGCAUGACCAACAAGUUGAACAUGAGGGACCUGGUGGUGGCAUACGGAACCACCGAGAACAGUCCGGUGACCUUCAUGACCUUUGCCGAGGACACCACGGAGCAGAAGGCGGAGACUGUGGGCAGAGUAAUGCCUCACACAGAGGCCCAGAUCAUUGACCAGCAGACCGGGGAGCUGGUGGAGCUGAACGCGCCGGGAGAGCUGUGCAUCCGCGGGUAUUGUGUCAUGCUGGGCUACUGGGGCGAGCCCCAGAAGACAGACGAGGUCAUCGGACCAGACAAGUGGUAUCGGACGGGAGACAUCGCCACGAUGGACAAGGACGGCUUCUGCAGGAUUGUGGGCCGCUCUAAGGACAUGAUCAUCCGGGGUGGGGAGAACAUCUACCCCGCGGAGCUGGAGGACUUCUUCCACACACACCCCAAGGUGCAGGAAGUGCAGGUGGUGGGAGUGAAGGAUGACCGGAUGGGGGAGGAAGUCUGUGCCUGCAUCCGGCUGAAGGCAGGCCAGGAGACCACGGCCGAGGAGCUCAAGGCUUUCUGCAAAGGGAAGAUCUCCCACUUCAAGAUUCCCCGCUAUUUCGUGUUUGUCACGAGCUACCCGCUCACAGUCUCGGGAAAGAUCCAGAAACACAAACUUCGAGAGCAGAUGGAACAACGUCUAAACCUCUGAAAAAGAGGGCUUGGGGGCGCCGAGGCCCUCCCUGCUCUUGCCCCCCCCCCCCCGCCUCCGCUGUCUGUCUAUGUGACUUGGCAUAAAGAGCUCGUUUCCUUUG